UCAUGGGGGCUGUCAGCUCCGGACUGGGGGGAGACUGAAUGAGGGAGACAAGGGGAACAGCGCUGACACAAGCUCCAUCCAGAGCCCCCAAUCCUGCCCAGAGCACCGCAGCCAUGGAGCCAGGCCCUGACAGAUAUGCACCUGGUAUGGCGAAAUGACGCCUAAUGAAAGAAGACAAUGAAGCCACCUGUAGCAGUCUGAGUCUUCAAAGCGUAAAACAUUAUUUGGAAAUACUAUUACAGUGCCCUUGCCUGGUGCCACAUUACAGCCCAGCCAUGUACGGAAGCGCUCGUACAAUCACUAAUCUGGAAGGCAGUCCUUCCAGAUCACCUCGUUUGCCAAGAUCUCCACGUCUGGGCCACAGACGAACAAGCAGUGGUGGAGGAGGAGGAGGAGGAGCGGGUAAGACCUUGUCAAUGGAGAAUAUCCAGUCACUUAAUGCGGCCUAUGCAACUUCUGGACCCAUGUACCUGAGUGAUCACGAGGGAGUAGCUUCUACAACAUACCCAAAAGGCACCAUGACUCUUGGAAGAGCUACUAACCGAGCGAUGUACGGUGGGAGAGUCACAGCCAUGGGCAGCAGUCCAAAUAUUGCUUCAGCUGGCCUAUCACAUACUGACGUCCUAUCUUACACCGAUCAUGUAGGCUUAACCAGUGCUUCUCAUCACCAUCACCAUCAUCAAGUUCCUUCUAUGCUAAGGCAAGUGAGAGAUAGCACCAUGCUUGAUCUUCAAGUGCAACUGAAAGACCUGCAAAGAGAAAAUGAGCUUCUGAGAAAAGAACUGGAUAUUAAGGACAGCAAGUUGGGUUCUUCCAUGAAUAGCAUCAAAACGUUUUGGAGCCCAGAACUGAAGAAAGAAAGAGUGCUUCGGAAGGAGGAAGCUGCUAGGAUGUCUGUUUUGAAGGAACAGAUGAGAGUGUCUCAUGAAGAAAAUCAGCUUUUGGAUUCAAGGAAAACCAAGCAUCUACAGUUAACUAUCCAAGCUCUCCAAGAUGAGUUGAGAACUCAGAGGGACCUUAAUCAUCUUCUACAACAGGAAAGUGGGAACCGGGGGGCCGAACACUUCACCAUUGAGCUCACUGAGGAGAAUUUCAGAAGACUUCAGGCUGAACACGACAGACAGGCCAAAGAACUAUUCCUACUCCGAAAAACUCUAGAAGAAAUGGAACUGAGAAUUGAAACACAAAAACAGACCCUAAGUGCCCGAGACGAGUCAAUUAAAAAGCUUCUUGAAAUGUUACAAAGUAAAGGGUUGCCAUCGAAAACCAUGGAAGAAGAAAAUGAGAAAACUAGACGUAUGGUAGAAGCAGAGUCGCAGCUUAAUCAUUUGGAAGUGCUUUUAGACCAGAAGGAUAAAGAAAACAUUCACCUGAGGGAGGAACUACACAGACGGAACCAACUGCAGCCAGAAUCUGCCAAGACAAAAGCUCUCCAGACAGUCAUCGAGAUGAAGCGAUCACCAUCUUUGUGUUUUGAUCCAGAUUUUAUAUGGCAGGAUACCAAAAUAGCAUCACUUGAACGAAACAUCCGAGAUCUUGAAGAUGAAAUCCAGAUGAUCAAAACAAAUGGGGUUCUCAGCACCGAAGAUCGAGACGAAGAAUUAAAACAAAUGGAAGUUUACAAGAGUCAUUCAAAGUUCAUGAAAAGCAAGAUUGACCAACUGAAGCAAGAGCUGUCAAAAAAGGAAUCUGAACUCCUUGCCUUACAAACCAAGCUGGAGACACUUGGCAAUCAGAAUUCAGAUUGUAAGCAACACAUUGAAGUGCUUAAGGAAUCACUUACUGCCAAAGAACAGAGGGCUGCAAUCCUUCAGACUGAGGUGGAUGCGUUAAGGCUGAGACUGGAAGAAAAAGAAUCAUUCCUCAAUAAAAAAACCAAACAACUUCAGGAUCUAACAGAGGAAAAAGGGACCCUUGCAGGAGAGAUCAGAGAUAUGAAAGAUAUGCUUGAAGUCAAAGAAAGGAAAAUUAACGUUCUACAGAAAAAGAUUGAAAAUCUUCAGGAACAGCUCAGAGACAAGGACAAACAGCUCGGAAAUCUUAAAGACCGGGUGAAAUCUUUACAGACAGAUUCAAGUAAUACGGACACAGCAUUGGCGACUCUAGAAGAGGCUCUGUCUGAAAAGGAGAGAAUAAUUGAACGUUUGAAAGAACAAAGGGAAAGGGAUGAUCGUGAAAGAUUGGAAGAGAUCGAAAAUUACAAAAAGGAAAAUAAAGAUCUGAAAGAUAAAGUCAACGCUUUGCAGGCUGAGCUGACUGAAAAAGAGUCAAGUUUGAUUGACAUGAAAGAACAUGCGUCAUCAUUAGCUUCAUCAGGAAUGAAAAGAGACUCAAAAUUAAAAUCUCUGGAAAUGGCAAUUGAACAAAAAAAAGAGGAGUGCAACAAGUUAGAAGCACAGCUGAAAAAGCAAGCGGAGCAAUUGUUCAAUCAGAUGUACAACCCUACACCUGUUAGGAGUAAUGAAGCACAGGGGGCCCAUGAAGCCGAAGAAGAUGCCAGGUUAAACCCAGAGCUUACAGACAGAUUAAAACAGUUGGACAAAGAUGUCUCCUAUUACCGUGAGGAGUGCGCAAAAGCCCAGGCAGAAGUGGACAGGCUUCUACAAAUUCUGAAGGAGGUCGAAAAUGAGAAAAAUGAUAAGGACAAGCAAAUUGCUGAACUGGAAAGGCUCAUGAAAGAUCAGAGCAAGAAAGUUGCCAGUCUGAAGCACAAUCAACAACUUGAGAAGAAAAAGAACGCACAGCUUAUCGAAGACGCUCGUAGAAGAGACGACAACAUUCCUGACAAUUCUCAGUAUAUGCAGAUGGAAGACCUUGUAGCUGCUCUUGAAAAGACCAAACAAGAACUGGAUUCCACCAAAGGACGACUUUCCUCAACUCAACAAACACUCGCUGACAAGGAAGCACAUUUGACCAACUUGAGAAUGGAGCAUCGAAAACAGCUGAAGGAAAUACUCGACAUGAAACAAGAAGCGCUUCUGGCUGCAAUCAGUGAAAAGGAUGCUAACAUUGCCUUGCUAGAAAUAUCUGGCUCAAAGAAAAAGAAAUCUCAAGAAGAUAUUAUUGCUCUGAAACGAGAGAAGGACCGACUCGUCUACCAGUUAAAGCAACAGACACAGAACAGGAUGAAACUAAUGGCAGAUAACCUUGAAGAUGACCAUCAUCAUCAUCACCACCAUCACCACCACCAUCACCGAUUUCCUGGGAGAAUGCAACAAUCUAACCACAGACCCUCUCCUGACCAGGACGAUGAGGAGGGAAUAUGGGCUUAACAACACCUGAAAACCAAAGUUCCAGUUUUAUUUUGAGGGAUGAUCCCGUCUCUGCUGGAGGUACACAACCAUGACAAGAUCUCAUGCUAUACAUUGACCACAUAUCCCACCUUUGCCUAGAGUCUGAAUCCCCACAGCUUCAAUAUUUACCGAGCUAGUUAGGGAAAAAGGAAAAAAAAAAAAAAAAAAGAGGAGAUGAAAGACAUCUGAAAAGAAAAAAAAAAAAGUAACAGAGUUUUAACACCAGAACAGUUAAAGAGCAAGAUGCAGGAGGAUAAUUCUUAUCCAAUAAAGAUCUCCGAUUAAAACUGCUGGAUUCGGGCACCUGUGACCAACACGUUAACGAGCACUUCUGCGAAAGCUACAGUAUGAUGUGAUGUACUACACAUGGCUGUCACAUGGUCCAAACACACAGGAGCCUCUUUUACAACUUAGAGCAGUAGAAAAUAAAAUCCAGGAGAUUUACAUUACAAGAUACCUUCACCAAUUCUGCCUGUAUUCUAAGCUGCCAUCUUUAACGCAUUUGAUUAUAGAAUGGUGUUUUGAAAAGUUUUUUGAUGAUGUUGUCUGUAGUCUUUCUAAACUCCUGUUCCCGGUAAAAGUCCUACUCUUUCCUUAUUUCGUAGCAUUGCUGUAAAUAGAGAUAUGCAAACUAUUCACAGUUCGUCUCCCAAAGAAAUUAAAACAUUUCCCAAAUGUUGACCAUCAUCUAAAUGGUUGUUUGAGUACUUCAAAUGUGGUCGUCACUAAACGAUUUUGAAUUAAAACAAUACGAGACUAUGCAUCAUGUAUCCAAAGAACAAUUGGUUUCCACUUUUUGAACAUGGACACAUAUCUUAUACUUUCCUAAAAUGGAGACUUUACUGUGGUCUCCCUCUAUUAUAAAGUGUGUUCCAAACCUGAACUCAACCACAGUUUUCCCACAACAAAUACAUUUUGUGUCCUGUAAAAACAGCCAGAUUUGUCCAAAUGAACUUGCGUGGAACAGUUUGCUAAUCUCUAAUUAUAAUGAGCCAAAGAUCAAAACACUAAAAAGGUUUGUAGCCAUACUGAGUCACCACAGGUGUAUUCUGUUGCCCCAUUCCCUGCAAUGUUUAACUAAAACUUACCUCUGACAUUGACCUUGAAAACCUUUAGGGAUAGACCAUCUGCUAUAAAUGGCUUGCAGGUAUCUGAAGACCUUAACGUUUUCAAUGUCAAUCCUGUGUGUGUCUAUAAAGCAAUGUUACAAUGUACUCUGGGCCAGGCUGGGACCAAUGUAAAGGCAAUAUUGACCAUUUGAGUCUUUUAACGGGAGUCAACUCCUUUGUCGCCAUUGGAGGCAUACAGUCCUAUGUCUUUAAGGGCAUUGCGUGUGUCUCCAGCAGGGAAGGGGUUAUAUUUAUAUAUAAUAAACUAUGGUGUGUUUUUCUGUUAUUGCAAAUGGAAAUGUGGUAAAUUAAAUUUUGAUAUAUACCAACAUUCACAGAGCUCAAAAAUGAACUGAAGUGUUGAUAUAAAUGUUUGCAGCAUAUGUGCUCAAAGAAACGUUCUCUCUCCAAAGAAUGUUGGUGUACAAAAUAACAUAGUAUGUGGCUUAUUACAAUAUAAGACUGUUUUAAAUGUACAUACCUAGUACCUUUAUUUUAUAUUGGUUUUUUUUUUUUUUUUUAAUGGACCUAUCUAGUAGAAAAAAAAAGUUAUUUACGUUAAUCAGUUCAGCAUAAAACCCUUUGUUUAAAGUAGAGUUUUAAAAAUUAGAUUUCAACUUCAUUUAGCCUCUCUCUUGUAUUUAGAACGCUUUAAAAUUCCCAUAAUGCAUAUGGCCUCAUCUUCCUGACUGACUGCUCAUGUGUAUUGUGUAUUGUGUAUUUUUACUCAUUGUAACAUUUCAUGACUGAUGCAAGUAGGAAAAAAAAUGGAAGGGUCGUUAAUGCCACACAAAUAAUGAGAUCCAAGACAAUGUAAAAAAACAAAACAAAAACUGCAAAAUGAAACACUGUGUAUAGAGGAGUUCUGCUGAUUAAUGUAAACAUUUUGCCUUAGAUCCACUUUAAAUGAGAAAAUAUAUAACUUUUUUAUAUUUAACUUUUAUCAGAGUUGGAUCUAGGACUACCACAUUCAACAUGUUUUCACACGCGCCAUAUUGCUACUUUGUGCUGAUGGAUAACAUAUGAAAAGUGGUGCCGUUUAAUAAGCUGCAAUGAUGGGAAAAAAAGUUGAGUUUACUUUCCUUAGGAUCCCUUUUUGAAUAAUGGAUUUCUUGCCUAAAUUAGAUGGUCCCGACAUGUUUGCUUGCAAGUACAUUAGCACAAAGAAGUCGUCAUUUGUCCAAGAGAACAUGGUAGCUCUGGCAAGCCUAACUGGACCAAAAGCAUGAAAGAAUAACAGGGAAAUUUAAAAACUUCUGUUCUACAGAGAGAUAGGGGGAUAAAGUAUGCCAAUAUGUUUACAUACCUCCUAACAUUUCAAAUGGACAGAGAGGGGCACUUUAGUUUUGGGCGUGUGGCCAGAGGCGGGCUGUUCUGAAAAAUUUAAGGUGACUUACUAAUAAUUUAAUGUAAUUUUAGUAAGAACAACUACACAAAAAAAGUAUUUAACCAGGAAAGGUACGUUCAGAUUACUCUGGUUUCUGUAUCUCAUUUAUACAGACUGAUUUCUAAACACAUUUAUUGUAAUUUAAGGACACAUUACUGUGAGUAUUAUUGCUGUGGAGCUCUUAGAAAAGAGGAACAGAGGGAUUUGGCCCAAAAUAGAUAUUGCUUUCCCAAAUAAGGACAGAUGGGAGGGACUCCACCCAUUGUACAGCGCUACGAAAUCUGAUGGUGUUCUAUAAAUAAAAUAAAAUAAUAAUAAUAAUGAUGUGUAUAAUAUUUGAUGGGCAACCAGUUACCAUGAUUAGCAGCCAUGAUGUAGAGAUACGGAUUUCCAUAUCACUCUUCACCGCCACCAAAACCUGUAUAUUAAGAAGAAUAAAAACAAAACAUACAAUUAUGUGAAAGGAACUCUCCAAGCACCAUAACAACUGCAGCUUAUUGUAGUGGUUACUGUGCUAGGAAGCUAUUGGUGAAAUGGAGAAAAAAAAAUAAAAAAAUGACGGAUUCUCAGCCCCCAAAGCCCACAGCCUCUGCUUGAGAUGCUAUAAUAAAGAAGUUUCACUCACUAUUAUUCAUCGAAAAACAUUUGUACAAGUCAUAAGCAUCUAAUUAGGAUUGCUCGGAUAUGCCUCUUUAAAUGGUAACCUUAGAACUUAUGUACAAAGUUCUAAGAGAUUUACAGGGCUAGUCACUGUGAGAAUUCAAAGUGAAUUUCAAAUUCAAGGUUCAAAUAGUCAAAACUGGAAUUAUCAUCAAAAUCAGCUUUGCUUCUGGUUUGAUAAUAUGGCCCUAAAUUUGGAAUUUACUUUCAGUUCUUUGAAAUGCUCACAUUAGUGAAAACUCCUGCACAGUAAAAGUAAACUCCAAGAAAAACGUCCGACAUCAGAAAACUAAAUUUCAGAAACAUCUAGUGUCUGCCACUCAAGAUUCAGAGGACCACCGGCUCCAGGUAGUUGACUGACAAACACAGACUUUGGAAACCAAAACCACCAGACACAGCAGUUUGCGUCUGUCCGUGUAACACUUGUUCUAUACAGAGUUUCCAAAAAGUCUAUUUCUAAGUUAAUGAAAUCUGCAGCAA